AUGGAAGCCGAUAUUAGAGCUGUGCUUCCAAACAUCGAUCCCGUGGUCUCAGACUACUCCGUCGGUUACCUGACGCACGCUUCAACAGCCUGGACCGACGAUGAAGAGACAUCUGGUCUGUCACCUCUUAGCGAAGCUGCCGCCGCCAUUACCGAACUACUUCUCUCCGCUUCCGGCGAUUUUAAUCCAUCCGUCGAGGAAAAGGUCAAGCAGCUCGUGGAGAAAUGGGUCGACAAGUACGCCGAAGCAAACGGGGGUCAGCGCAUAGGACCUUCCAUAGCCAGGCGCUUAGACCAGACCAUCCAAGUUAGCACACAGCGUAACAUGUCGUCAACGCUGGCCGUGGCCACUGGCGGUGUUGAUCUAGAGCAGGCCAAUGCCAGAAAAGUCGAAUCGAAGGUCGAUCGGAAGAAGCUCGAAAAAGCGGAGCGCAAGAUUGCUGCCAAGCAACAGAAGAAGACGUUCAAGGUUGUAGAGUAUGAGGCAUCAAGACUGUUGGACCAGCCGGAGAAUACGCAGUCGUACGAAGAGUUCUACAUGGCCGUCAACCCUCUUCAAAUUGGCAGCUCCGGCGCAAACAAGACCAAGGACGUCAAACUGGACAAUAUUGAUGUGUCGAUUGGCGGCAAUAGGAUUCUUACGGAUACUACUCUUACCCUUGCCUAUGGUCAUCGUUAUGGUUUGGUUGGUAAUAACGGUGUGGGUAAAUCUACGCUUUUGCGGGCUCUGUCAAGGAGAGAGGUUGCCAUUCCCACGCACAUAUCCAUUCUACACGUGGAGCAAGAAAUUACUGGAGACGAUACACCUGCCCUGCAAGCAGUUCUUGAUGCUGAUGUCUGGCGGAAAGUUCUCCUGAGAGAACAGGAGGAACUCACUGCUAGCUUGGCUGAGCUGGAGGCUCGGCGAGCGCCCCUUGCUGAUACGUCCGCCGAUGCUGCCAAGCUCGAUCGCGAAAAGGAAGCCAAGGAUAGUAAACUGGGAGAUAUCCAGUCGAAAUUGGCCGAGAUGGAAUCUGAUAAAGCAGAAUCUCGAGCAGCCAGUAUUCUAGCAGGUCUUGGGUUUUCUCCCGAGAGACAAAAAUACGCCACCAAGACGUUCUCUGGUGGUUGGCGAAUGCGUCUCGCGCUCGCCCGUGCCCUGUUUUGCGAGCCUGAUCUGCUGUUGCUCGACGAACCGUCCAACAUGUUGGACGUUCCCUCCAUUACCUUCCUUUCCAACUACCUGCAAGGCUAUCCCAGCACUGUUCUUGUUGUUUCCCACGACAGAGCAUUCCUGAACGAGGUUGCGACCGAUAUUAUUCACCAGCAUUCUGAGCGACUCGACUACUACCGUGGCGCAAAUUUCGACUCCUUUUACGCCACCCGCGAGGAGCGAAAGAAGGUUGCCAAGAAGGAGUACGAGAACCAAAUGGCGCAGAGAGCUCACCUCCAGGCAUUCAUUGACAAAUUCCGUUAUAAUGCUGCCAAAUCAUCCGAGGCUCAGUCUCGCAUUAAAAAGCUGGAAAAAAUGCCUGUCCUCACCCCGCCGGAGUCAGAAUACAGUGUAAAGUUCACCUUUCCCGACGUGGAGAAGCUGUCUCCGCCCAUUAUCCAGAUGUCCGAGGUCGACUUUGGAUAUACAAAGGACAACCCUCUGUUACGAAAUGUGGAUCUGGAUGUUCAACUAGAUUCCCGCAUCGGCAUUGUAGGUCCCAACGGAGCCGGUAAGACGACUGUUCUGAAGCUUCUUAUUGGCAAAUUGGAAGUGUCCAAGGGUAUAGUAACAUCCCACCCACGUCUACGUAUCGGAUUUUUCGCGCAGCACCAUGUGGAUGCUCUCGACUUGUCACUUAGUGCCGUCAGCUUCAUGUCAAAAACGUAUCCCGGAAAAACGGACGAGGAAUAUCGAAGACAGCUGGGAGCCUUUGGCAUCACCGGCACCACAGGCUUACAAAAGAUGGCUCUGCUGUCUGGAGGACAGAAGUCAAGGGUGGCAUUUGCCUGCCUGGCCCUCACCAAUCCCCACAUCCUCGUACUCGACGAGCCUUCUAACCACCUUGAUAUCGAAGCUAUGGAUGCCCUUGCGGAAGCCCUGCAGGCUUUCCAGGGAGGUGUACUCAUGGUAUCUCACGACGUCACCAUGUUGCAGAUGGUGUGUACGUCACUGUGGGUGUGUGACAAGGGAACCGUCGAGAAGUUUGAUGGCGACGUGCAGGCGUACAAGAAGAGGAUCUCGGCUCAGGCGGACGCGGCUGGUGUUGUUAAGGCUCAUUAG